AUGUAAAGCUAAAAAAUAUGUAUUUAUUUUCUCAGAAAUAAAUGCAACAAAGGAGAUCAAUGUCCUUUUAAGCAUGAUAAUACAGAAGCCGAAAAAUAUUAAAAGAGCUUUUAAUAAUUAAAAAAUAGAAUUCCUGACGGAUAUAAAUAAUAAAAUAAUUAAAGGGAUGAUUAACAAAGUAGGACUUAAAAUCAAUUCAGAUUCGAUGGAUUGAAAUAAAGAUAAUAAUAAAACAACACAAAUAAUAAUCCUUUUUAAAGAGAUAGAUAAUAAAAUGAUUUUCAAGGAAGAUAAUAAAAUGAUAUACAAGGCAGAUAAUAAUAGGAUACUCAAGGAAGAUAAUAAUAGGAUAAUCAAGGAAGAUAAUAAUCAGAUAAUCAAGGAAGAUAGCAAAAUGAUAAUCAAGGAAGAUAGUUUAAUUUUAAUUAAGACAGGCAAAAUAAUUAAGGAAGAUAAUAAUAUCAAGGCAGAGAUUAAAAUAUGUUCUAAAAUAACAGAGAUCAGAAAUUUAAUUAACCUAAUAAUGAAUCUAACAAUAAUCAAUAGAAAUAUUAAAAUUUUAGACAAUUCAAUUAACAAAAUAAUGAAUCAAAUUCUAAUACUUUCUAAUAGCCAAGGAGAUUCAAUCAAAGACCAGAAAAUGAAGAUCAAUAGAAUAAUAGAUUUUAAUCAAAUACAUAGAAUUAUCAACAAAGAAAUGAUUACAGAUAUUAAAAUACAAGAUAAAAUCACAAUGAAUUCUAAAAUAAUGCAAGAUAACUUGAAUGCGAAAAUAAAAUACUUACACAAAUCUAAACUCUUGAAAUCAGUGACUUCAUUUAAUCUAUUUAUGAUGAAGAAUUUAAAGUCUUAGGAAUUGCAAAGAAAAAUGCAAUCAUUUUUUAUAGAGUUAAUGAAUAAAUUGAUGUUAACAACAAAACUUAAAUUUAAUUACCUGAAAAUACAUGUUAUAUUUACUAAAUUUGGAGUUAAGUUAUCGAUAAUUAACUUGUAUUAAUUGUUUGCUAUUAAACCAAGAAAAUAUCAUUGAGGAAUAUUGCAAUUUACCCUAAUUUGUGGUUCAAUUAUCAACAUUUUACAAUAUUGGAUGUAAGUAUUAAAGAAAUCAUAUAUUGCAAAAUUUAAGGAAGUUUAUGUUUGGUCUUUAGUAAUGAUGGAAAUCUAAGGGUAUAUGUAAUUCAAAAAAAUGCAGUGAUAUAUCCUCCUAGAAUUUACAAUUUUGAGAAUCCUAUUGAAUCUGUCCUAAGUAUUUAGAACUAAAACUCUGAAGAUACAUACUAUAUUGGAUUGUAAAAUGGGUGUUUGUUGACAUUUAAUAAUGGGCAAUUCAUAUCCAUUCCACAUGAAUUGAAUAACUAGAAAUUUGCUUUAGUAGAUAUAAAACAUGAUAUUUAAAAUCAACAACUCUUUUUAUUAUUUUGGCAUUUAGAUGAGGAUUUAUGCUAUGUAUUACUUUUAAAUUUAAGUACUAUGAUAGCAAGGUAAAUUUAUAAAUAAAAUAUGAAAAUAUCUUAAAUAGAAUUGAUUAAAGAAUAUGUGCUAUGCUCAAAUUCUUUAGGAAUUGUUGAUAUAUUGAAAUUCGAUUAAAAUAUGUAUUUAUCUCCCUAUUCAUACUAUCCUCAUUAAAUAGAGCAAUCAAAAACAUAUAAUAAAAUUUCCAGUUUUAAUAAAAUCACUUUAAAAAAUCAGAAUCAAGUGGAGAUUUAAUUGUUGCUUCUUGGGAGAACUUGCCCAGCAAAUUAGACCCAACAGAAUAUCGAAUUACUUUAUUUUAAUUGAAUUUGAUUUGUUUUUAGUAAAUAUAUAAUGUUUAAAUAUUGAAA